AUGUCUAUCCGUUUAUGGGAUGUUCAGACAGGAUAAUAAGUAUCCAAAUUGGAAGGUCAUACAAAUUUGGUCAUGUCAGUUUGUUUCUCUCCUGAUAGUCUUACAUUAGUUUCUGGUAGUACUGACAUGACUAUCCGCCUAUGGGAUAUUUAAACAGGAUAAUAAAAAGCCAAAUUUGAUGGUCAUAGGGAUGGAGUUCGAUCAGUAUGUGUCUCUCCUGAUGGUAUUACAUUAGCAUCUGGUAGUGAGGAUAAGUCUAUCCGUUUAUGGGAUGUUCAGACAGGAUAAUAAGUAGCCAAAUUGGAAGGUCAUAAAAAUUUGGUCAUGUCAGUUUGUUUCUCUCCUGAUGGUUUUAAAUUAAUAUCUGGUAGUAAUGACAUGUCAAUCCGUUUAUGGGAUGUUAAGCAAAAAUCCUAGAUUAAUAAGUCAAAUAACGUUUAUAAAGAUUUUAUAACUAAACAUUAAUUAACCCUUUAAACUAAUUCUCUAAUUGAAGAAUGUGGUAUGAAUUGUUAUUUAAUUAUUAGUUCAUUAGUUUAUUAUUUUUGUUAUAUCUCAAGAGUCUCCAAAAUUUUCAGCAACUGGUGCGUUGAUAUAUUAAAGUGAAUUUCUAAAUCAUAUGAAUGUUGAUUUAAGAUUACUUUUUAAAUAAAAUGGAGGCUGUAUUUUAGAAAACAACCUUAAAUAUGUGGUCAAAAAUUGA